AUGGAAAAGGCUCAAGAAGCAUGUUUCUCAACGCCAGAGUAUGACGCCCCACCUCCUGCGUACUCGGAAACAGAAACCUCGUAUCAGGCACCGCCAGUGGAUUCGAAAGAUAGACUACGAGAUGUUGAGCCAGCAAGUCGCACCAACCGACAGUUUCCGCCCUCUUUUAAUGCAUACUACCAAAAGAAAUUGUCCAUGACCAUGCAUUUGGGCGAGCACAGGGAACAGCCGCUCUUCGCCGUCAAGAUGCAUUCAGGCUGGCGAGGGAAACCGGGCAUCGUUCUGCACGGCGGCCCGAGCAGUGAUGACCCUGUGCUGGCAUCUGCCGUCAACAAGAGCUAUUGGAGCAGGCAUACAACAGUAACACUACCGCCGUUGCCGGACUCGCCUUCGGAGAGUUGCAGCGAGUUUAUGCAGACCCACACAAGCUUGAAGACCCUAACAUACAAAUUCGCCGUGGAAGUUGGCGACGGCCCGAACGCGCACCGUGAAGAUUUUGAGUGGCGGCAUAGUCGCGGGGCGGAAAUCCGGGGCCUUGAUAAGCACAGCUGGGGGUGGAAACUUGCGCGCUUAGGAGCUUGUUCGCAGGGAUCGGGUGGAGAGAGAAACGAAAGAUCACUGGGAGAGACCAGCGAUGGCAAAGAGGUCGUGGCAGUUUGGGCACAGAACUCUGGGUGGAGUCUGACAAAAGCAUACAAGUUCGAGUUCGUGGGGGCAGGUCUUACUGGAGAGAUGGGCGAGAGGUGGGCUCUCAUGGCCGUGAUCACGGCUUUGAGGAUUUGGCACAUAGAAUGGACUGCACAAAAUGCGGCUGCUGGCUCUUCAUCAGGUGCUGCAGCAGGAGCGGCGGCAGCGGCAGCAUAA